CCCCCGGAGUACCCGGAUGAGGCAGCGGCAGGGCCGGCGGGCGAUGCUGCCGCCGUGACAGGGGAUGCGCCCCGAAGCAGAGGAAGUCGGGUGGCUUGCCUGGCAGCCCGCUCCCUUCGCAGUGGCUGUGCCACUUUGGAGGUGGCUUUGUCCCCGAGGGUGUUUGGUUCUCUGUCGUCCGUCCCCAGUCGCCGACAAGAAGCUGGGCUCUGCCUCCGUUCUCAUCAGAUACUUGGAGGAUCAGAUGCCUGGGGUCAUAUUGAUCAUGGACAGUGAAGAAAUCCCAACUUUUUCGAGUCCAAAGGAGGAAACUGCAUACUGGAAAGAGCUUUCCUUGAAGUACAAACAAAGCUUCCAGGAAGCUCGUGAAGAGCUGGCUGAGUUUCAGGAGGGCAGCAGAGAAUUAGAAGCUGAGUUGGAGGCACAGCUAGUGCAAGCUGAGCAGAGGAACAGAGAUUUGCAAGCAGAUAACCAAAGACUGAAGUAUGAAGUGGAAACAUUAAAGGAGAAGCUGGAGCACCAGUAUGCACAAAGUUACAAGCAAGUGUCGUUGUUAGAGGAUGACCUGAGCCAGACACGGGCCAUUAAAGAUCAGCUCCAUAAGUAUGUGAGGGAGCUGGAACAGGCCAACGAUGACCUGGAGCGUGCAAAGAGGGCAACAAUAGUUUCAUUGGAAGACUUUGAACAAAGACUGAACCAAGCUAUUGAAAGAAAUGCCUUUUUAGAAAGUGAACUGGAUGACAAGGAGUCGUUGCUAGUUUCUGUACAGAGAUUAAAGGAUGAAGCAAGAGACUUACGGCAAGAACUGGCCGUGCGGGAGAGGCAGCAGGAAGUGACCCGAAAGUCAGCUCCCAGUUCUCCCACUCUAGACUGUGAGAAGAUGGAUUCAGCUGUUCAGGCCUCUCUCUCCUUGCCAGCUACACCUGUUGGAAAAGGAUCAGAAAAUAGUUUUCCUUCCCCAAAAGCCAUACCAAAUGGAUUUGGUACCAGCCCCCUUACUCCUUCAGCUAGAAUAUCAGCACUCAACAUCGUGGGAGACCUGUUACGGAAAGUGGGGGCCUUAGAAUCCAAAUUAGCUGCUUGCAGGAAUUUUGCAAAGGACCAGGCAUCACGGAAAUCCUACAUUUCAGGGAAUGUUACCAGUGGCAUGAUGAACAGCAACGGCACAAAGUACCCUCAUCCGGGGCACACUUCUUUCUUUGACAAAGGGGCAGUAAACGGCUUUGAUCAAGGUCCCCCCGGCCUGGGAGCCUCUCGACCAUCCUCAGCGCCUGGAAUGCUCCCCCUGAGCGUAUGAGCCCGGGGGAGGUCGUGUUCGGACUUGCGGAUGCUUUUCUCAGCCCAGCACCAGAACUGCUCCCGCCUCCUCCCCACCCCGCCCCGCUGGAACACGACCCGCCCCGCGAUGCCGGAGGAGACCCCUGUGCUCCCGGCCCUUCGUGUCCCGUUAAUACAGAUUCUUUCCUCCCGUUGCUGUAGCAGACGUUCUGUGUCGUGGCCCCACGCCCUGUGCCGCACAGGCAGGAGUCCUGCUCGCCAGACCUCUCGGCCCCUUUGCCUUCUCUCUUCUCCAACAGGUUUGGCGUGACAGGCAGGUUGGCUGCUCCUCCCACAGGCUCCUCUUCUCCCGGCCCCUGCUCCUCAGGAGGGGGCUGCAAUCCCGUGAGAGGGGCCCUGGGAGGAGCUGUGCGGUGGCACUUGGGACGUUUGUACCAGGACUCGGGGCCAGGCAGGUGCCUGAGUUCCCGCAGUUCCCGCAGUUCGUGACUCCCCGCCCGGCAGGGAUGUGGCUGCAGCCGCUGGAGCGUGUCCCUCCUGCGGGGCUGGGAGGGGGAUGUGUCCCUGCAGCUCCUGGGGGGCAGGGCAGGGCACUGGGGUGACCAUCAGGGGCCUGGCACAGGGGGGUGGCAGCACCACCUGCCCUGGGCUGAGCUGGCAGGGCUGAGGCAGGGGGCAGGAAGGUGUUGAGGGGCUGCAGCAUCUCCCCCCGCCCGGGGAGGUGACCCAGCUUCCCUGCCCCACUGUCCCCAGCCUUCAGCAGCCCAGUUUCCACACCCCUCCACAACAGGAACUCCACCAGAGCUGAGAAAGCCACUAAUCCCAACUGGCUGCAAUGCCCAUGAAACCUCCUCCCCAGAGCCCAUCACCACCCCCCACCCAUGUUCUGAGCUGUGUAAUAUAGGCCUGGAUGUUCCAGUGUCACCCUCAGGCUCCUGUGACAAGCGUUGGGUGACCCUGCACCUUGGGGGGGCUUUCGAGCAACGUCCUUUGUGCAGUUUCUCUGUCUGUCUGUGCCUCAGAGUCAGUGGAUUUAUUUUUUUUUUUUUAAAUGAACCAACAAACCCAGGCAGGGUUUGAUCUGUGGGUUUAGGAAUCAUCAUUCCCAGUCUGCUCCAUCACCUUCAGUUGGCUCUGCAGGUCCAAGCUGGUUUAUUUACAAGCGCUGAGAAAAACCACUGGUCCCAGCAGCAGGGAGGUGGGAAACCCCCCCCUUCUGUUGGGGCUCCUCUGGUUCCUCCUUUCCUGUGCAUCCUCUGCUGCAUUUGACUGUUUACAUUUGUUUUCUUGUACAUAGGUUUGUAAACAUAAUAUCUUUGCCUAAGAUCUUUGUACAUAACUUGGGCUUUGUAGCUUUAUUUAUUCAGAAUCUCUAAGCAUGUUGCAGUAGGACCAUGUACCCAAACCCCCCUGGGGACACAGCUGUGGGUUCAAAACAAGACACACCAGAAACAAAUGCGACUCAUCUUCCAAAAAUAAAAACGUUCUUUUAAUGUGGAA